AUGGCUUCCGACGCUAGACCAGACACACCAGGCUCAGUAUCAUCAUCAUCAACCGCAGCCUCAGCUUCAGCCUCAAGCUCUCAUUCAUGGACGUCGUUUCUCAAAUCAAUUGCAUCUUUCAAUGGUGACUUAUCCUCAUUAACUGCACCUCCAUUUAUCUUAUCACCUACUUCGCUUGUGGAGUAUUCGCAAUAUUGGGCCGAGCAUCCCGAUUUGUUUGUUGCACCAAAUAAGUUGACCGUUCCGGAAGAUUCAGAACCAGCAAUAGUUGAUGCAAUGAAUUUGAAAAGGGCUAUCGCGGUCACUAGAUGGUUUAUUUCUACAUUGAAGUCCCAAUACUGUUCAAGAAAUGAGAGUAUGGGAAGUGAGAAGAAGCCAUUGAAUCCAUUCUUGGGGGAAGUUUUUGUUGGGAAGUGGGAGAAUGAAGAAUUGGGCGAGACCACCUUGUUGAGUGAACAAGUUAGUCAUCAUCCUCCAGUAACCGCCUACGCCAUCGAGAAUGCCAAAAACAAUGUCAUGUUACAAGGAUACAAUGGUAUCACGUCCAAGAUUUCCGCAACGUCAAUAAACAUUAAACAAUAUGGACACGCUCUUUUGGAUUUCAAUGACUUGAAAGAAAGCUACUUGAUCACUUUGCCGCCCUUGCAUAUUGAAGGAUUGAUCACAGCUGCCCCAUUUGUCGAGUUGGAAGGAACUUCCUACAUACAAGCUUCCAACGGCUACUUCACAGUCAUAGAAUACAGUGGAAGAGGUUGGGUAUCUGGUAAAAAGAACACAUUCAAGGCAAGAAUAUACCGUGACUCAUUUUCCAGCUCUUCAAAGGAAAAUGCUUUGGUUACGAUCCAAGGACAAUGGUCUGGAAAGUCCUACAUUGACAAGGGAUCUUCAACACCAACAUCAAAGACUGGUGAGUUGUUUUAUGAUGCAGAUGCAUUGAAGGCGGUCCACUUGACAGUCAAACCAAUUGAGGAACAAAAGGAGUUUGAGUCGAGAAGAGCUUGGGAGAAAGUAGCUGACGCAAUUCGGAAGCUGGAUUACAAUUUGAUUGCUGAGGAAAAAUCCAAGAUUGAAAAUGAGCAAAGAGAAUUGAGAAGGAAGGAGAAGGAGACAGGCACUACAUGGCAAACAAGAUGGUUUGAUUUAGUUGAUUACAAAAACCAAUCAGAAGAUACAAACUUGUCUCCGCCAGACGAUUUCAUCAACUUGACCAACCAAGCCAAUUUGUCAAUCUACAAUGCUCCUCUGGGUUCAUUGAAGAAAUCAAAAUACGACCACGUCGCUCUUGCCAUAGUACUGUUAUACAUUCAGUUUUCCCCAGUAUUGCGAUCAGUAGUAGCUAAAUUUUUCCCCACCAUGAGUUCUUCUUCUAGGAGCACCAUUGUUGUUGGCUCAGGACUCGCGGGUUUGACUACUACCUUGCAACUCAUUUCGCAAAAUCACAGAGUCACAUUACUUGAAAAAACGGGGAAAUUGGGUGGUAAUUCGAUCAAGGCAUCCUCAGGAAUCAAUGGGGUACCUACUCAAUACCAAAAGAACGACGACACAGUAGAAGUGUUUAAACAAGAUACUCUCAGCUCAGGUAAAGGAUUAUGCAAUCCCAUAUUGGUCGACGAAUUAACUUCACGUUCAAGCGAUGCAAUUGAAUGGUUGACUCAGGAUUUGCAAAUUGAUCUUUCACUGGUUACUCAAUUAGGUGGGCAUUCAUUUGCCAGGACGCACAAAGGAUCAGGGGCGUUGCCACCGGGGUUUGCUAUAGUUCUGACGUUGAUUAAGCGCAUUGAACAAAUUCAAGCAGACAAGCCAGAGGCGUUGGCGGUAUUGAAAAAUAGCAAAUUGGUGAAGAUAUUGGUAAACAAUAAUCAAGUUGAAGGUGUGCAGUAUCAAGGCGACAACACCAAUGAGGUGAAAACUGAAUAUGCAGAUAAUGUGGUGUUGGCCACUGGUGGAUUUUCUGCAGAUGCAAAGGAUUUACAAACGUCAUUGCUUAAGCAAUAUCGACCUGACUUGCUCAAGUUCCCAUCGUCUAAUGGCGAACAAACAACUGGCGAUGGCCAAAAAGUUGCCUUGCGGGAUGUCGAUGCGCAUUUAAUUCAAAUGGAUCAGAUUCAAGUUCACCCUACUGGAUUUAUCAAGUUGGACAAUGUGAAUUCACAUUGGAAGUUUCUUUGCGGAGAGCUCAUGCGUGGCAUUGGUGGUAUUUUGUUAACUCCAAGUGGAAAGAGAUUUGUCAAUGAAUUGGCCACGAGAGAUGUUGUUACUAAUGCUGUUUUAAAGAAUUGCCAAGUGAAGCAAGAAAACGAAGUGGGAUUACCUGUUGGAUCGUACGUUUCUGUACUUGUUAUUAGUGGCGAAGAUUAUCCCAAAGCGGCAAGCCAUAUAGAUUUCUACGCUUCGCAAAAAUUGUUGCAAAAAGGAGAUGUUGACGAUUUGUUGAAGUUGUUGCAAAGAAUAAAUCCUUCCAACGACAAAUUAACAACUACAGAGUUGGAAAACACCUUCCAGGAGUAUAAUCAUGCUGUCAAAUCCAAGAACGAUCCCUUGGGUAGAACCGUGUUUGGCAACGCAAUAUCUCUGGAAUUUUACUUUGGAUUAACAACACCAGUUUUACAUUUUGCCAUGGGUGGUAUUGAGAUCGACUCAAAUGCUCAUGUUGUCAAUUCACAAGGUCAAGCAGUUCCAAACUUGUAUGCCGUAGGUGAGGUUAGUGCUGGUGUCCACGGUGCAAACAGACUUGGCGGAAGCUCUUUAUUGGAAUGCGUGGUGUUUGGAAAGAUAGUCAGUCUGCAGAUCUUGAACAAGUAG